AGACACACCCCGCCUCGCGCGCGGAUUGGAGGCCUUUGUCUGCCGCUCAACUCCAGGAAACCAGGGCGCGCGGUGCCAGCUGCAGGUGAGACUUGGACAGGAGCUCCAGGGGGGCGUGAAACUCAACCUUUGGGGACUCAGUUUCCCCUUCGGGAGGGUGGGGACGAGAGCGGACAGCGCUGAGGGACUGGGCCCUGCAGGACCCACGAGGCUUCAGAUAUCUCCACGUGGGAGCGCCACACUCGCGCGGGGACGGAUAGUGGCUCUGGGAGUCUGGAGCGCGCGAUCACCAGCCGCACCCUGGGACGCCGCAACACCCGGACGCCCUAGUCCAGCCUAUCCAGCCUCAGUCUCCACCUCCGCGCAGUGGGGGCGUGGGCUUCUCUGUCCAGCCCCAGUACAUCCCCUACCAGGCCACAGGCAGGAUGGCUGGUGCUGAGAGGAACCACUUGUGAUUUGGACCCCCAGCUGCAGCUCAGUCUCUUGAAGAUGAAGUGGCCCAGGUGAAGCCAGGCCAGGCCAAGUCCCAUGGCCAGCUCAGGGGCAAAGGCACAAUGGGUUGGGCCAAGCCUGGGGCAAGGGCCCCGAAGGCGGCGCUGGGCUUGGGCUGAGGAACAAGAUACAGAUGGAAGAAGAGACCAGGGCUGGGGAAACAGCCAGUCUCUUCCCGAAGCCCCCAGUCCUGAGCUCCUAGAGGACUUCCGUCGGGCACAGGAGCACCUGCCACCCCUGGAGUGGGACCCAGACAUGCAGGACUCCGAAGAGUCUUCUGGAGAAGAGACCGAAGCUGACGAUGCAAGCAGCCCAGAGGGUUCCACCGUGCCUCUGCCCUGGCUCUCCAGGAGCAACCAACAGCUGGACAUGUCUGAAGAGGAGCUGGAUGAGGCCUCUGGGAGGCCUGAGGUAGACUUAGCUGGAGAGAGUUGUACGGAGCUUGAGUGUGAAGACCAGGGAGAUUCCAGCCCUCCACCUCCAGGACAGGGGCCAGCCAAAGGCUGGGUCACCUUUAUCAAACAAGGCAGUAACUACAGACCUUCAGAGCAUCUCGAGGCCCAGCCAUCUGUUGAACAUAGCCGCACAAAGUCUUGGAGCAGUGGAACUGUGAGCCUCCGUCAACCUAGUGACAGCCUUGGUUCUACCUGGGAAGGAGAUACCGAAGUCCCUCAGCCUUCCAUCUUGCCCAAAGCCCUGCCACAGAGUCCGUGCCACAACUUUCCACACCCAGGUGACAGAAAUGGAGGUGACGUUGCUCCGGCAACACCCACAGAAUUCCGGGACUCCUUAGCAGCGCCAGCCCAGAAUGCCGAGUGCUCUGCAGGCACGUGGGGGGAAGAAACCACCAGCCUACCCAGCUCUCGGCCUGAGGACCAAACCUGGAAGAGGACUAAGACAUCACCUAAGCCACUGCCCUCCCGGUUUACUGGUUCUGUCAGCCCCCUGAGUACUCGGCUUGGGGCAAUAAAGAAAGUUGUGCCCCAGCACAAGCAGGGAGCCACUCUGGCUGGUCACUCUUCUUCACAAGCUCCCAAGUAUGGCAGGGGGCGCCGCCUGAACUACCCACUCCCCGACUUCUCCAAGGUGGGGCCCCGGGUGAGGUUUCCCAAAGAUGAGAACUACCGACCCCCGAAGUCCAGAGGCCACAACAGGCAACAAGGCUCUACCAGACCCCUCAUCUUCAAGUCGCCAGCUGAGAUUGUUCGGGAUGUACUGUUGAGUAGUGGAGAGGCGUCCCUGGCCAAGGAAUCUUCUCUUGCUCACACCAUCACCAGGGUGCCCCAGGAGUUCCAGACACCCGAACAAGCCACUGAGCUAGUUCAUCAGCUCCAGGAGGACUAUCACAAGCUCCUCACCAAGUAUGCGGAGGCUGAGAACACUAUCGACCAACUUCGCCUUGGGGCCAAGGUGCACCUGUAUUCAGACCCACCACAGCCCAGUCAGAGCUUCUGCUCGGGGUCAAUGCCACAAGGAAGCAAGGUCUUAUCCUUCUCUAUCCCGCAACCCAGAGUAGCAGAGUGGUGGCCUGACCCUGCCCAGGAUCCACAGGCCUCUGAGGCCACAGGGUGGCCGUUCCCACGAACAGACCUGAGUCCCUCCUCGUCCCCCGGCGUGGCCACUCCAGGGCGGCUUCCUCAGAGCCAGGGCAUUGCCACAGACCAGCCCUCCACAGGACAGACCCAGGCACUGACCUCUCAGGCCAGCCGGCUCCUGGCCAAGGUGCAGUCCUUCGAGGAACUGGUACUGGCUGGACACCUCCCACCUCAGGACCAAAUCAAGAGCUUGGAGCAACUGAGGGCAGCCCACAUGGCCCUAGAGGCAGAGUACCUGCAGGCCUGCAGAGAAGAGCUCCUGGACCCUCAGCUUGAUGCCUCUCAGGGGAGUCCCAGGACCCUCAACCUCUGCAGGGAGCUAGAAGCAGAGAUAUACCACCUGGGACAGCGCCUGGAAGAGCUACAGGACCAUAUGGACCAGACCCAAAGAGAGACAGAGCCAUGUAGGCCAGACCUGCAAGACAGCACCCCAACCAUGUCCUUUCUGCCCCAGUCAGCUCAUCUGUCCAUGCCUUCAGGACCUGUCUCCUUGCCAGAUGGCCAAACCUACCAGGAGCCUGCCACCACCACCACCACCUCCCCUGGAAGCUCUUGCACGCUCCCCAUCAACAAGAAGUUAAGCCUGAGCAUCAAAACUGAGGAAAGCCCAAGAGGUCUCCCGGUCCCACUCAGGGACAGGACGCUUCAGGUGGAGCAGGACUUCCAUGGCCUUCUGGAGAGAUACCUCAGCGUUAAAUCCCUCCCUGAAGCCUUGAGGGAUGAAGAUGAGGAUGACCUGGAGGAGGAGGAAGAGGAGCAGGACCAUCAAGGCCCCUUGGAAGUUGAUAGUCCAGCCACAGCUCCAGGGAAAACAGAAGCCGUGAGGGUACCACCAGGAGAGCGCCCAACACAGGCUGAGGAAAGCCAUAGGGAUGCUACCCAGGAGGAUGAGGAACAGAUGGGACCUAUGAAGUCACCAGACUUCCGGCCAUCCAUGGCCAGAGAUACGUACACACCAGUCCUGGAUACAGCUGAAGUGGCUCAACGGGGCACCAAAGCCAUGGUGUCACAUCAGAGCAGUCUGACCAGCCUGGAAGAGAGCAGGCCCUCAGAGCUCCUUCCUCGAAAAGCCCUGCUUCGGGCUGGUGGGCCCCACACUGAGGAGCCCUGGAUGGUGUCACCAGAGACAGACAGUGGCUUCGUGGGCUCAGAAACCAGUAUAGUGUCACCCUUCACCCAGACCCCAGAGCACCGGCUCUCCCAUGUCAGCACUUCAGGACCAUCAGCUCAACACCUCACUGCCUCUGUGCCUGGUGAUAGAACCUCCCAUCCCAAGGCCAGGGGUCUCAUGGUUCCCAGAAGAGCCACUGAGACUGGCAUACCCAGAAGCCGAACCCAGCAGCAUUUCUCCAGCCUGAGCUCUCCCGGGAGAGGGGCACAGAGCUGCCACCUAGAGGAGACAUCAGUGGCUAAAAUAGCGGUUCCCAGGUCUGAGUUCAAGAGACAGAAGCAGAUUUCCAAACAGCUCCUUCCCAGUGGAAGAACCAGCCCCGACUCUGCCCCAGCUCCCACAGCUGCCUCCACGCCCCAUGGAUCAGCAGAGAGCACUGCCAACCUCCUCCUCAACAGGACAGAGCGCGACCAGGCCAUCAAGGAUCUGCAGGCGGAGGUGUCACGGCUCCGCCUUCAACUGGAGGACAGCCUGCACCGGCCACACCCAGACGGCCCAGCCUGUGUAGCUUCUGCUUUCAACCACUCCACCCAGACCCAGGAAAAGCUGGGUUCCUCACCCUCCUGGGGCCCCCACUAUGGCAGUAAAUCCACAGAGAGGCUGUCUAGGGAGCCUAAUGGUGUAGAGCCAGCUGAGCCAAUGGGAAGACGUCGAGCCAGGUCCUCUUCGGUGCCUCGGGAUGUACCCAGACUGUACCUAAGUUCUGAAUCGGAGUCGCCUGCCCCUCGGCUCUCAUCUGAGAAGAGCAGGACCUUUGAGGAGCACCCCGAGGCUGCACAGUGGGGGACAAGACCACAGAGCAGCUCGAAGCGGAGGGAAAGAGUUUCCUUCCGGGGUCAAUACACAGGCCAGGAGUACCACAUUCUAUCCCCAAAGGCCAUCCUGAAGGACAGUGGCACACCGUCCUGUCCCCACUGCCAUCCCAUUAGGACCCAGGACACAGGCAGUGCUGUCUCUAGAGACACCACACGGGGCUCAUCUGCCGCUGACACCCUCCGCUGUGCCCUGUGUGGUGAAGUCAAGUCCUCUGCAGAAGCAGAUGGCUCCAGCUCAGGUCCCUCUGAGAAGAACACCCCCAAAAAGCCUUCCACCCCCAUCCUCAAACGGAAGAACAGGCAGACGGGCUCGCCAGUACGAAUGGCCCCUGGACUCUGGUACCUGGCUGCUGCGCCCCCAGCCCCAGCCCCACCGGCUUUGGCCUACAUCUCCUCAGCUCCCAUUAUGCCUUAUCUACCACCCACUGUGUACUAUGCAGCCCCAGCACCUACCUCAGCCCAGACAGCUUCCCCGCAGCCUGCUCGGGGACCUCGGAGAACCCGGCACUCAGUCCAACUGGGUCUGAAUGACCUGGAGGAGCUGCAGGCCGCACUCAGAGAGGCUGCACAGGCCGCCGAGAACGUUCGCUCCACCACCCGCCAGCUGAGCCGCUCCCUGUCUGCGGACCUGCGCCAUGCCCGUAGCCUGCGAGGCUCCUGCCUUUUCUGACUCCCUGGAGACUCUGAGACUAAGUAGGCAGGCAGCCGCUGUUGUUUCCCAGUCAACAGUCUCCUGGUACCACUGAUGGCUGGAAGAUGUCACGUUCCCCUCCCCAGGAGUGCCACCUGAUUCAUGUGGCGUAUUUAAAAUGGAGAGACAUUGGCCUAGUCAGGAGUGGAUGAAUGUCUGGGGGCCAACUCUGUCUAACAGGUGUAGUGAUCAUGGCUCCCUCUGUCGAGUCAGAGUCGCUGAGACUCCUCCUCGUCCCCCUCCUGCCCAUGUGCUUCUGCAGCUAAUAAUGUGGCUCUUACUGGACAGAAUGUCUUUACACUGGGGAGCUAACUUGGGCUUGGACCUGUCUCAGAAGGCCAGAGAGGAAAAGAAAAGUCUAGGGUCUCUGAAGCAUUUUGGACACUGCCUGUGAUAGCUACUCUGAGGCAGGCGUUGUCAGGGAGAAGAACUAGUUAGGGAUUUUGUUCCUAGUAACUAGUGGGCAGGGGUAGUACUUGGGGACCCAUUAAUGUCUUGGGGCUGAGGCCUCAGCUGACGCACGCCCAGCUCUUCUGUGGUUACAGAAGUUUUUCCCAUGAGCUCAUGGAGUAGAAGCUGCUCAUGUAGGCCAGGAAGCACCCAGCAGCCUCAGACAUACCCACUAUGUCUUUGGCAUCCACUUAGGACCAAGCUACCUUGCCAGGCCCUGGCCUGAGGCUGAUAGACCAGGCCGGUACCCGUUUCCCUGUCCCAUAGCAGAGUGACCUCAACAUUUCUGGGAUGUGUGUGUGUGUGUGUGUGUGUGUGUGUGUGUGUGUGUGUGUGUUAUCACAGAUUGUUUAUAUAUUUGAGGCAUUUUUUAAAAAUCUAUUUUUGUUAUAAAACAAAUGAAGGAAAAUAAAUAAUGAACUUAAGAACGGGCAAAGAAAUCCCCAAA